CUUCUUUCCUGCUCUGCACAUUCUCCUCCAAAUAACACCCUUCUAAUCUUCCCUUCCUUCCUAAUACCCGUUACAUACGCCAUUGCGGUUAUAACAAUUAAGAAUAGUAACAGCAACAUUACAAUAUGUCGUCAGCAGUUCAUCGCCGGAUGCUCAAAGAGUACCUCGCCAUCCAAAAAAACUCAGCUACGCGGCCUCAUCUCGAAUUAUUAGAACCUAUUCAAGAAGACGAUCUGUUGCAUUGGCAGGCAAUUCUCCUAGGUACAGCUGAUUCUGCGUACGAAGGCGGUCGUUUCAGACUCGACAUUGUUAUCCCCAACAACUACCCAAUUCAUCCACCCGCAAUAAGAUUUACAACUAAGAUUUGUCAUCCAAAUGUACACUUUAAGACUGGAGAGAUCUGCUUGGAUAUCUUGAAAUCAGAAUGGACUCCAUCCUGGACUUUAGAGUCGGUUUGCGUCGCCAUCAGCUCACUCCUUACGAAUCCCGAACCGAGCAGUCCACUGAAUUGUGAUGCAGCAAAUCUAUUGCGUUGUGGAGAUAUGGCUGGAUACAACUCUUUGGUCAAGAUGUACACAGCAUUGUACGCCAUGGAUGACGAGGAACAAUAAGUGAAAAAGAAGUAAAGAAAGCCAUUACCAUCUUGAUAUAUAACCCACCGCUUGCGCACUUAAAAUGCCCCGCAUAGAAGCUGCAAUCCACAUGCUGCAGGAGGACAGGACAGAAAUUAUCAUAAGGCGACCAUUGAUGAAGCCUGUUUAUGCUACAAUUGCCGACUCAUCGAAAAUGUCACUGAAGUAUUCCAAACGCAAGGAUAACUUUCAAUCAUAGAAAACUUUUUUUGUCACACUAUUAAUAACAAUGAAGCUG